CCUCCUCCUCCUCCGCUCCCUCCCACGUCGUCCCAGGGAGUGGGCGCCAGGCGCGCGAGCCACCUUCCCCGCCAACCAGAGCCAGGCGCGCAGGAGAAGAGCUCGCGGCUCUUCCCCUCACGACUUCCUUCCACGGAAAAGAAGCCGCCGCGCGCCGCCGCCUCUUUCCCGCCCCUCACGCGGCUUGCUCGGAGUCUCUCGCGCCGCCAGGAAAGCCCUGCAUGCUGCUGAAGCAGCUGCCGCUGCUGGUGGCCAGGGCGAGAGCCCCGCUGCUUCUUCGCCUUGCCUCGGCGCGCACGCCUGCCCAGCAGCAGCAGCAGCACCUCAGCCCAGACGCGCCGCAGACGGGAGAGGCGAGGCGAGGAGGGGGCGGCGGGCGAGGGCGCUCCGGACCGGUGGAGGGAACCAUGAACAGCGCCAAAGGCGAGCAGGAGCACAGCCCCGCCGAGCCGAGCCUGCAGGAGGAAGAGGUACGAACGCUAUUUGUCAGUGGCCUGCCUCUGGACAUCAAGCCCCGGGAACUCUAUUUGUUGUUCAGACCAUUCAAGGGUUAUGAAGGCUCCCUUAUUAAACUCACAUCUAAGCAGCCUGUGGGGUUUGUUAGUUUCGACAGUCGCUCAGAAGCAGAAGCUGCUAAGAAUGCUUUGAACGGAAUCCGCUUUGACCCAGAAAUUCCCCAGACGCUCCGGCUCGAGUUCGCCAAGGCCAACACGAAGAUGGCCAAGAGCAAAUUAGUGGGGACACCAAAUCCAAGCACUCCUGCCACCCCCAACACUUUACCUCAGUUCAUUACCAGGGAGCCGUAUGAGCUCACAGUGCCUGCACUUUACCCCAGUAGCCCUGAAGUGUGGGCGCCGUACCCUCUCUACCCAGCGGAGUUAGCACCUGCUCUACCUCCGCCUGCUUUCACCUACCCUGCUUCACUGCAUGCCCAGAUGCGCUGGCUCCCUCCCUCAGAGGCUACUUCUCAGGGCUGGAAGUCCCGUCAGUUCUGCUGAAUACUGUGUACCAGGUGUGUGAUGGCGGCUACAAUCUGUCUUGUGGGUAUUAAUGUGUUCUUCCUAAGUCGCUACUGGUAUCUUACCUCCAUCUUCAAAUUUGCAGUGUGGUGGGCUUGAAAAAAACCUCACACAAGGUUGGAUUCCUUCAAGACUUUGCCACAGCCUCUAUCACACAUCUGCUCUUUUAGAAGUAAAGUAAAAAUACUGAGUAAUAAUAAUGUUUUCCUCUUCUAUGCUGUAUAAAAUUGUAAGGAAGAGUGCGAAUUCUAAAAAGCAUGGGUGAACAUCUGGUUUGAAAAAGUUAUUUUCAAACAACGCAACAAAGAGAACCAAGUAUUUUUAUACUAAACAUUUUAAGCAGAAAGAUCUUACGCUGGGUUGGAUCACUGAUUACGUUCUUGACUUUUUGAAUGCGUGUAAUUGAAAUUUCUCUUUCCCUGUCCUUUUAAGCUGCAUGUUCAAGGCAUGUUUUUAAAUCUUGUUCAAAUUUUUAAAAAGUGUAUUGUUAAAUUGUAUAGACUCUUUGGCUAUCCUGAUGGGGAGCUUGAGAGGAUGUGUGUUGAACAUAUGAAGUAUUCCUGUGGUACGUGCUUCUCCCAGUUGUGCCAAAUUAUAUCAAGCAAGACAAUCAGAUAUGCAAAUGUGUUUGUAACUUUGAGAUAUAUUACCGUGUGCUGAACAGUAUACUGGCAGUUCUGACAGCUGGUUUAUGCUGUAUUUUAUCUGUGGUCACAUAUUUUGAUAUAAAACUAUAAGGGGGAGAUGUGCUUUUUCUAUGGCUUUCUACUGUGCACUAAGACCAUUUUCAUAAUUAUAACAGCUAGAAAAAGUGCAGUCAUCAUAAUAAAAUGACUGCAGCUACCUCUGCAUACUGUAUUCAUUCAGACACUUAGUUCCCAACAUGCAGUUGUGUAACCAGUAGGAUUCCUUGGUAAAAGAGAGAGAGAAGGAAAAGCAUCUAGUUUGGCUAUGGGAACCAGUCUUGAAUUCUUCUGUAAAGUAGGUUCAUAGCAUCCCUAGUCUACUUGUUUUAAAAGAAAUGAGAGUACAUUUGCAUGCCUUUGCUCCAUGUACAGGAAGGAUUGGUUCUGCUAAGGUGGUGGUGGUUGUUAGCAGGUAAUGCUGCUGUAUGUGAAGCUGACCGAAACAUUGAGCAAUAAAGCUUAAGUUCAUUUCAUGCCACUAUCUCAUAUGCAUGCAGAAAACAAAAGGCCUUCUUUCACUGGAUCCAGAUCUAAGGCUCUUCUUCCGGUUGACCACGCCAUCUUGCUCAGACGGGGGUCCGCACAGCGGAGCGGACCUCGGCGCUUCAGAGGUGGAGGGAAUCGUUCCAGCGAAACGAAACCUCCUUAAAAGCCCCAAAUCGUGCUUUUUGGGGACAGAUUUUGCCUGGCGGCGCCAAAAGCGGGCUCUCUCCUCCCCGGAUCGGCUUUGUUUAAGCCCCCGAGAGCGAGGAGGUGAACCGCGGCGGACAGGCUGACAUUGCUGCUCUGAGAGUGCGAAGCUGCGAGUCUGGGAAGUGGAGGUGGCCAAUUCUUCAAAGAACAUUCAGCAAAUGAAUAGACUGUGAGUAAUUUGGAUUCUUUGGAAUGUAAAUUAAGGCAACAAUUUGGACCUGGGAGAGAGGGGAAAAGAGGAAGCCACCCCCCCCCACGGUAACAUAAGUGACAGUAAACAGAAACCCGAAGCCGUAAACAGAAGAUUUUAACUUAAAAGGAUUCCUCAAAGGCAUCAAAGAGAAUCUCCCCUAAAUGCAGGGUAAAAGGGGAGAGAGACUGUUGUGAUUGCCCUGCAGAAUGAAGUUAAGACUAAGAAAGACCUUUCUUUUUCUCGGGAGCCGGCAGCCCAGAAAACCCAGUGAGCUGACCAGGAUUUAUAGUUAAAUUUUAUUUCUAUCUUUAUCUCUGGACUUUUUGGGAAUUUUUUUUUGGUUUAUAUGCUUUUGAAAUGUGAGUUCGAAUUUUAUUUUUAAGAAUGCAGCCAGCUUGUUAAAAUGGAGUCGAGAAAAUAGACUGCGAUCAUAUUCCACCCCAUGUGACAAGUUUUGACCUUGACAGGACUGAACUAUGUCAACAAAAAGGUACCCGCCUGAGUUUCAGCGGACUGUUUUGACCUUAAUGUGGGAAACAAGAAUAGAACUAUGUCAAGAGGAGACACAACGGCUAGUGUUACAGCAACAAUUCCAGAUUGUGAUGACAGAAUAUGAUUUCCUAGAAGAUGAAGCUUUUGAAACUGAAGAAGAUGAAUGUGAGAAUGACAAUGAUGACGACUGUGAUGAUUUAACACAAAAUGAAGCCCAUCACGAAAAAAAUGAUGAUUUUACUCUACAAAAAGUUGGAUGGAGUGCCUCCCCUUCGAGGGGGGCACGACUGGAUUUACUGGAACUCCAGAAUGACCACAGGGAAGAAGGAAAAAUUAAGCAGAGAAGAGAAGAAGCUCAGGGGUCUGAUAUGGAGGCCUGGAUGGCAAAAGACUGCAAACAGGGGGUGGGGUGAAGGGAAAGUGAAGUGGUGAUUGUAAGGAUGGGUUAAUAGGACUAUAACUGGACUGCUGACUAUGGAACUUGCUGGAUUGGAGGGGUGGAGCAGGUACUCGGGGGGAGUAAGGUUAGUUUGGGAAUAGUUAUAGGUUUAAAAAGUGAAUUGAUUCUGGAAAAAGGUGAAAAUAUGGAGGCCUAUAGAGGGGUAAAAAUUAGGCACGGGAAGAAAAAAUGGGAGUUUGAUUUCUCAGUGAUUGGACAAUAGGCGAAAAUGAUAAUAGUUUAAAAGUGGUAUAAGAUAUAAAGGUGUAUGUUAUAAAAUAUGAACUAUGAAACUGUUGAAGAUGAUAAAUAAGGGAGGAAAACCGGG